AUGGUAACCGUCCUUCUCAUCCUGGACGUCCAAAACGGGGUAAUCGACCGCCUCGAGAAGACGGAGUCCUACCUCGAACGUCUAGCAUCGACCAUCACUUCCGCACGCAAGGCCAACGUGAAAAUCAUCCACGUCAUUACCGGAUUCCGCCCAGGCUAUCCAGAAAACCACCCAAACAACUCAUCUGUACCCUCUGUCGUCGCACGCGGUGAAUAUCUCGAAGGCCACUCAUCCGUGCAGGUCCACCCAGCCAUCGCCCCUGCAUCUGGAGAGGUGGUACUCACCAAGCGUCGUGUCUCCGCCUUCUUUGCUACCGAACUUGAUAUGCUUUUGCGCUGCGCAAAUGUCGAGUCAAUCGUUGUCGCGGGCUUGAUCACCAGUGGAGCUGUCCUAUCGACAGUUCGCCAGGCAAUGGAUAUGGACUACCGCGUCACCGUCUUGGAGGAUUGCUGCAUGGAUCGCGAUGAGGAGCUGCACCGCGUCCUAAUGGAGAAGGUCUUUGCACGCAAGACGGAUGUUGUUUCGGCGAAGGAGUGGGCCGAGAAGCUUUCCAUGCUGGAGGAGCGCUAG